AUGGUAGAGUGUCUGCCUGCAGAGGGAGAGGAUCCCCUCUUCCUCCUCCUCUCAUCCACACCCGCUACAUCUCUUUCUCACCAACACCGUCUUCCUCUUUACCCAACAAAUCUUCCUCCCUCUCUUGUCCAAACCUUCUAUCUCUGCUUCCCUUUCUCAUCCACACCCUCCCCUCUCCCACAUCCACACUCUCUUCCGCCCUCUUUCACCCAAACUCGGCCCUCUCUACUUAAACCAUCGUCAUCAACACCUUCUUUCCCUGCUUCGCCUUUCAUCCACACCUUCUUUUUCUGCUUCUCCUCUCAUCCGCACCAUCUUUCUCCGCUUCUCCUCUCAUCCACACCCUCUUUUUCCGCUUUCCGUCUCAUCCACACCCUCUUUCUCCGCUUCCCCUCUCAUCCUCUCCCUAUUUCCCCGCUUCCCUUCUCAUCCACACCUUCUGUCUCUGCUUCCCCUCUCAUCCACACCCUUUUUCUCCGCUUUCCGUCUCAUCAUUGCAAAACCUUCUUUAUCCGCUUCCCCUCUCAUCCUCACCCUAUUUCCCCGCUUCCCCUCUCAUCCACACCCUCUUUCUCCGCUUUCCCUCUCAUCCUCACCCUAUUUCCCCGCUUCCCCUCUCAUCCACACCCUCUGUCUCUGCUUUCCCUCUCAUCCACACCCUCUUUCUCCGCUUUCCGUCUCAUCAACACCCUCUUUCUCCGCUUCCCCUCUCAUCCUCACCCUAUUUCCCCGCUUCCCCUCUCAUCCUCACCCUAUUUCCCCGCUUCCCCUCUCAUCCGCACCCUAUUUCCCCGCUUUCCAUCUCAUCCACACCCUCUAACUCCUCUUUCCCUCUCGCCCACACCCCAUUUCUCUUCUUCCCCUCUCACCAAAAACCUCUUUCUCGGCUUCCCCUCUAAUCCACAUCCCCCUUCUCUUCUUCCCCGCUCAUCAACACCCUCUGUCCCCGCUUCCCCUCUCAUCCACACCCUCUUUCCCCGCGUCCCCUCUCAUUCACACCCUCUUUCUCCUCUUCCCCUCUCAUCCUCACCCACUUUCUCCGCUUCCCCUCUCAUUCACAUCCUCUUUCCCCGCUUCCCCUCUCAUCUACAUUUUCAUUCUCCGCUUCUCCUCUCAUUCACUCCCUCUUUAUCCGCUUCCCCUUUCACCUACUCCCUCUUUUUCCGCUUCCCUCUCAUACACGCCCUUUUUCUUCUCUUCCUCUUCCAUCUACAACCUCUUUCUCUUAUUCCCCUCUCAUCAACAACCUCUUUCUUUGCUUCCCCUCUAAUCCACAUCCCUUUCCCUGUUUCCCCUCUCAUCCACGCCUCUUUCUCCGCAUCGUCUCUCAUCCAAAUUCUCUUUCCCAGCAUCCCCUCACAGUCAUACCCUCUUUCUUUGCUUUUCUUUGUCACCCAAACCAUUUCUUUAAUUCACCCUCUCAUCCACUCCCGCUAUUUCUGCUCCCCCUCUCAUCCAUACCCUCUUUCUCUGCUGCCCUUCUUUUCCACACCUUCUUUCUCUUUCUAA